GACAAAUUUGCAUUGAUUGUCAAUAUUGAAGGUUAUUUUGUGAACUGUGGACCUAUUGUGGAGUAUAUAUGUGGUAGUUUAAAGAUUAAUAAGUAUGAAAAAACUGUGUAUAGAAUUCCUGGUGCUGGUGUUGGAGCUGACAGUUUGAGAGAUGUAACUGAUGAUAAAGGGGUUAUGGACAUUAUUAGUUGUGGUAAGAAUAAGAAAACUAUAGUUCAGAUUUAUGUGGUUGGUGAUGAGAAUGCUGAGGCAUCAUUUCAGACAAAAUCUUCUAGCCAGCAAGAUACUGAUGAUAGGGAAGAGGUGAAUGUUUUGAGUCAGGAUGAGGCAUCAUUUCACACACAAGCUAGCCAGCAAGAUAUUGAUGAUAGAGAAGAGGUGAAUGGUUUGAGUCAGGCUGAGGCAUCAAAUGAGGAUGAGCCUGCAGACCAGUUGGAAGAUAUUAAUGAUAUUAUUGACAACUUCACUUCUGUUGAACAUGGUGAAGGUGAUGCAAAAACUAAUAGUUCAUGUGUUGGGUUGGGGUCACAAGAGUCAUCUGAUGAUGAAGAUUAUUUUCCAACUGGGGUGAGUUCAUCAAAUGAUGACAUGUCUGAUGAUCAUCUUUCUGAUGAUGAUGAAUAUGUUCAGGCAAGAAAGAACUUAAAGGAGUCUAAGAAAAAAGUUCAAGAUUGGGAUGAUAAUGCAGGCUAUACACAUCCAAUGGCCACUGCUGAGAUGGACUUUGAAGAGGAUCAA